AUGGACGCAAAGCCACGAUCCGUCACCUUCACCCAGACUACACGUCAACACCUCCUAACAGACUUUUUACAGCCACAGCGCCCUAUGCGGGCUCUCCGUAUACGCGAUGAGAACGCGCCACCGAACCUACCCGCAGGCAUGACGAUCCAUCAGCGUACCAAAUCAACUCCAGUGCUGUCAACACGGAUGCAGGUCGGAGGCAUCAAAGCGGCCGCAGCUAAGCGGACCGUUUUCGCAGACGUCAGCAAUACAACACGACAAGCGGUAGCGAAGGAUGACCUACAAGUGCCUAGCAAGAAGAAGACUCUCGAGAUUCUGAACGAGUCAACCGUUGCUCCAGCGAAAGAGCUCACAAAACCCAAUGCGCUGCUCCGACCUGCGCAGCGCCCUCUGGCAAACAUCACUUCGCAAUCUAACGCGUCUGAUGGCACCGACUCGGUCGCGUCGGCCGUACCAAAGCAUGUCACGCUCGAGGUUAGCCAGCAGACGGCGAACAUCCGGAAGGUCCUAUCAAACAAGUCAGCCGUCUUCAAAGAGCCACAUCCUGAUCCUAUUCCCGAGGCAACAAUCGCACCUGUACCUUCGCGUCAACCAUUGUCAUCCCAGCCUUCCUCAUUUCCCAAGGUGGACCGUGCUCCCGCACUAUCGAACGAUCCUUCACCUGUCUUGAUUGAAGAUGUACCGGCGCCCAUGGAACAUAAGGUUGACGUAAAGCACAACAAGACGCGUGUGGAGGUUGAGGAGAAGUACGAAUACUUGGAUGCUCUCGAAGAGCAAGCACGCGUCCUAGAGCAGGAGCGCAACGAAGAGCUUGCCAAAACAAGCGGACUGCAGAAUCUCGACCACGAGGAGUACUGGGAUGAAGACGAGGAAGAGGAAUACUACGAUGCCGAUGGUUAUACCACUGCUCGAUCUCUUCGCUCGCGCGGUGACAACACGACCGGCGGUGUCACUCUCGUGCUUGCCCCCCGGGCUACAGCAAAGACGCAACGUGAACUCGAGGCUGCGAGACUCUAUGUUGAGGCGAACCGAUCCGCCGAAGACGUCGAGGACGAGCAGUGGGAUACAUCCAUGGUUGCCGAGUAUGGCGACGAGAUCUUCGAAUACAUGCAUUCUCUUGAGGAACGCAUGAAGCCUAAUGCAACGUACAUGGACCACCAGGCGGAAAUACAAUGGUCCAUGCGAUCAGUACUCAUGGACUGGCUAGUCCAGGUACACAACCGAUUUACCUUGCUGCCAGAAACCCUCUUCCUCGCCGUCAACUAUGUCGACCGCUUUCUCUCCUGCAAAGUCGUCUCCCUGGGCAAGUUGCAGCUUGUCGGUGCAACCGCUUUAUUUGUCGCUGCCAAAUACGAGGAGAUCAACUGCCCGUCGGUUCAAGAAAUCGUAUAUAUGGUUGACGGUGCUUACACCGCUGACGAGGUUCUCAAGGCUGAGCGCUUUAUGCUCAGCAUGCUUCAGUUCGAGCUGGGCUGGCCUGGCCCCAUGAGCUUCUUGCGCCGCAUCAGCAAGGCGGAUGACUAUGACCUAGAGACGCGCACGCUAUCCAAGUACUUCCUCGAGAUCACUGUCAUGGACGAGCGUUUUGUCGGAUGCGCUCCUAGCUUCCUCUCUGCGGGAGCUCACUGCUUAGCUCGCUUCAUGUUGAAGAAGGGUGACUGGUCACAAGCUCACGUACAUUACUCGGGAUACACUCUCGGCCAGCUACGACAGCUCAUUUCCGUUAUCCUUGAAUGCUGCGACAACCCCCAGAAGCAUCAUGCCGCCGUGUACGAGAAGUAUACCGACAAGCGUUACAAGCGCGCAUCAGUUUUCGUCGAGUCGGAGGUCACCAAGGGUUUCCAACUCCCUUUCGUGGCUAGAGACAGCUGUGCGAGUCAGACAUGGAGGCGAAAGUGA